AUGGCUGCUCGUAUCCAAAACUCAACGAAGAAGGACACAGUACGACAAGGCCAAAUAGACAAACAAGAUUCAUCACCAUCACCACGAUCUCAAUCGAACUCGCCGCGGUCUUCUCAACCCCUAACAUCAAGAUACUACUCGCAAUCAAUCAGCUCCUCGUCAUCAGAGAGCUCUUCUUCAAGCCCCGACCUCGAGUCGCCCUCAGCAGUUGUCAAGUCCUCGAAUCGACCCACCAUCGCAGAACCAACCUUAUCACCAGAAGAGCAUAUCGCGGGACUAUGGGAGGCAUCCGGCCGGAUCAAAUGUGUUGUGAAACAGACAGCAGAGUUGCGAAAUGAAAAGCUGCAUGCAUUGGGCGAAAUUGAAGGCGAAUGGAUUAAUUCUACCAUCGCCGAGGCUGAAUCUGCCGCCAACGAUCUUUCCUCAUUUGUAGAUCCACUGUGGCGUCAGAGCAGCAAAAUUGGCGGUCUUACACUAAAAGAGCGCAAAAACUGGAAGCGUCGCGACUGUCAAAAUGCCCUUAAGAAAGAGACUCGCAUGACUUUCUGCUACGAAAGGCUCGAAACCGUCUUUGGCCAUCUCAAAACGAUAUCACCAAGAUCCGAGCUCGCAGCCACCGAGAAGAAAGAGGAGGCAGCUGUUAUAACACUUGAAUCUCCACCUGUUGUUGCCGUGGCCGCCGAGUUGUCUUGUCAGACAACGGUGGUCUCUACCAUCGAGCUUCCAUGCCCGGCCACCAUUUGGCAACUUCAAACAGAGAGAGCUAUACCCACGAUUAUUGUGACGCAGUAUGAUGGCGAUGAUGGCACAAGUCCAGAUCAUGAAGAUACCCCCAAUUUCCCCCCUCCAAGCUACGAAGCUGGUGAAGUGAACAAGGAUGAUGAAUUGUUCUUCUCCUGA